AAUGGCGCUGAUUUUGGGUGUGCGGUCCGACGUCGGAGCCGGUGAACAAAUAUAGGUGCUGGGAAUGAGCAAUGGUGAUAUUCCCCACUUGUUCGUGAAAGUGGCAAAAGAAAAGUUGUUGCUCGCAGUCUGAUUUCGAUAUGGAAGACUACAAGCACGUUACUCUUCCGAAUUAUUCGUAUGUGUUUAAUUUUGAGAAUGACUUUAUUCACCAAGACACCCGCACGUGGAUGGUAAAAAACUGGACCCUCGGAUUUUACUAUGUGGGUGCUUAUAUGGUGCUCAUCUUCGGUGGUCAAUAUUUAAUGCAAAAUAGGAAAAGGUUCGAGCUUCGCGGUGUGUUAUCGUUAUGGAACACGUCGUUGGCGGUUUUCAGUAUUAUGGGGGCUUGCAGAACCGUACCAGAGUUUUUGCACAUUCUCACUCACCACGGCCUUUACCAUUCUGUUUGUGUACCAUCGUUUAUAGAACAAGAUAAAGUUUCGGGAUUCUGGACAUGGAUGUUUGUUUUGAGUAAAUUGCCUGAGCUUGGUGACACCAUUUUCAUCGUCCUCCGCAAGCAGCCCCUUAUAUUUCUUCAUUGGUAUCAUCAUAUUACAGUUCUCCUUUACUGCUGGUUCAGUUAUACUGAAUAUACUGCUAGUGCACGAUGGUUUAUAGUGAUGAAUUAUUGUGUACAUGCUGUGAUGUAUACUUAUUAUGCUCUCCGUGCUAUGGGCUAUCAUCCACCUAGACAAAUUGCUAUGGUGAUAACAUCUCUGCAGCUUCUUCAAAUGGUUGUUGGUUGUUGUGUGAAUUUCUGGGCUCAACAGUUAAUUCAGGAAGGGAGGGAAUGCCAUGUUACUAAUUUGAACAUCAAGAUAUCAUUAGCUAUGUAUUUUAGUUAUUUUGUCUUGUUUGCCAGGUUUUUCUAUAAAUCAUACUUUUCUGGGGUAAAGUGGAAGAAACAAAGUAAUGACGCGACUCUUUUAAAAGCUAAAGCACACUAGUAGCAGUGGUUGUUGAUUAAUAGCAUUCCUAAAAGACUUGUUAUUAUUACUGUUGUGGUUGUGAUUGGCUAAUAUUGUAGUUUUUUUAGAUGAGCAACUAAAUACACUUUGUACAGUACAGUACUUUGCAAGGAACAGGUUUUAUUCAAUUAUAAGGGUGAGUCGAAGUUCUGUCCAUUGACUUGAGAUAAUCUUAUUAUUCAAUAAACACAUGAAAAUUAAGACUAUAUUGGACAAUGACCUGUUGUGGUCUGGGCUUGGAUUUUCCCAGUAGCUAAUGGAGUUCCUCUUUAUGGAGAGGAGAGUUGUAUGACCCUUUAAUGGGUUCAUGUAAUAAAGUACACUGAGUAGUGAUAACUGCAUUUUCUUGUAAAUCUAUUGAAAACUCAGAAACUGUACAUUAGUCAGAAGCACAAUUUUACAAAUUUUGCCUUCUUAGUGAGUACAUGUAAUGGAAUAGGGGUGGGCUUAUUUCAAACUAGUCAUUACCUAAUUAAAUAAAAGGCUAUUAAAAAGAAAACAAUACUUAUAGGUAUAGAAAUAAAUUUGUCUAAAUUAAAUUUAGUAAAGUUUUUAUAUGAGGAAAAUGGCAUUUGUUUUUAUUUUUAAAAUGCUUAAUGUUGAAUAUUUUUAUGUAACAUAAAUAUACUUAUGCAAUUUUACAAUUGUUGAUGUUUUUUAUAUUUAGCACGUUUUCUUGCAUUUUAUAGUUAAACUUAACGUCGAAAUGUUUCUUAAAUAUAAAACGUAAACCCGGAUAAAGAUCUUAAUUUUCUUUUGUUAUAGUAGGUACCUAUUUAUUUGUUAGGCGUUUGUUCUUAACAAAUGAUUGGGUUUACUUUGUAUAUGUAUAUAUUAGUAAACUGUAAAAGUAUUAAUAAUGUUUGAUAAGUUCAUCAAAUUUAUGAGUACUAAAUUAUUUAUAUUUUGACCAUUUUCUAUGAAAAAAAUUGUUGAAUUAUUCGAAAUAAAAGUGCUUGUUAAGAGGA